GUAGUGAAGAGAAAAAAAAAUAAUAAAAACAAAAAUUUAAAUAAAUUUCAAAAAAAAAAAAUUGAAGUAGAAUUUGAAAUAAACAAAGAAAAAAGAUGCCUUUGAAAAAGAAAGACGAUUACAUACCCAUCAAGUGUGAGGGUUGGAAUGGCAAGUUCGUGUAUGGCCCUGGCACCACAAACAAUGUCUCCAAAAUUCGUCGCCACAAUCAAAAUGUAACGGAUACCCAAAAUUUCUAUGGCUAUUGCAACGAACCAAUUAUCUUGCCCACCGCCUGGGAUGGCACCUUCAAGAAAAGUGAUGAGGUGCGCAUUCAACAGGAACGUAAUCGUUCGGAUGAUUCCAAAUAUUUCCAAUACAAUACCGAACCCACAAUCUUGCCCACAUCGUGGAACGGGGAAUUUGUCCAGGAUCCCAACGAUGUGCGCAUCAAACCCGAACGCAACUUCUCCGAUGUACGUGAUUAUGCCGAGGCCAAUCGUUUUCGUGUUGUCAACUAAGUGAAAAAAUUUUGAAAAUUAUCUCUUAAAAAUGUAAAGGAGUUUAUCCUAAUGGAGUGAAAGGACUUGAAUGGAAUGUACGAAUGGUCGUACUAAGCACCAGCUGUUUUUUUUUUCUUCUUUUUCUUCUACAUCUCCCACUUAACUUUGGUUAACCUAACUCGUUUGUUAUGGUUUUUGUUAACUUUUCUACUUCGUAGACAGAUAGAUCAUCUCUAGUUUUAACAAUCAUGACGUAGUUUUAAGUGUCACUUUUAUUUUGUUUAUUUAUGAAACCAUUAAAAAAUAUAUCUACACACCACACACAGACACACAAUGAUUACGUAAUAAAAACACAAAAAUGUUAAAUAAAAAAAAAUCAAAACAA